GGCUGCUCCGCUCCGUUUCUCCCUUUCCCCUCCGAUCGCGGCGGCAGCUUCCGCGAAAGCCUCCACUAAAAAACCGAGCUCGCCACGCCACGCGCAUCUCCUCCUCCUCAACCUCGAGUCCCGCCACCCGGAGCCCUACUUGCUCCCAGCCUCCCAGCGCUCCCGAUGGGCGCGGUGGCGUCGACGGUGGCGGCGCGGUUCGCGUUCUUCCCGCCGGCCCCACCGUCGUACGGGGUGGAGCCGCCGCCGUCGCCGGCGGCCGCGGCGGCGGACUCGGAGGUGGUGGAGCUCAGUGGGGUGCCCGUGGCGCGGGGCCGCGGCGUGGAGGCGCGCCAGCUGCCCACCAAGCGCGGCACGGAGGUGGUGGCCAUGUACGUGCGCCAGCCCGGGGCGCGACUCACGCUGCUCUACUCCCACGGCAACGCCGCCGACCUGGGCCAGAUGUACGAGCUCUUCCUCGAGCUCAGCACGCACCUCAACGUCAACCUCAUGGGUUACGAUUAUUCUGGGUACGGACAGUCAUCUGGGAAGCCAAGUGAGCAAAAUACUUAUGCUGAUAUAGAAGCUGUUUAUAGGUGUCUUAUAGAAACUUAUGGAGCCUCUGAGGAAAACAUCAUUUUAUAUGGCCAAUCAGUUGGAAGUGGCCCUACUUUGGAUUUAGCAUCCCGUUUAUCUCAUUUGCGAGCAGUUGUACUACAUAGCCCAAUAUCAUCUGGUUUAAGAGUGAUGUAUCCUGUGAAACAUACAUACUGGUUUGACAUAUAUAAGAACAUUGACAAAAUUCCUCUGGUCAAAUGUCCCGUCUUAGUAAUCCAUGGUACAGCUGAUGAGGUUGUUGACUGUUCUCAUGGGAGGACACUGUGGGAGCUAUCUAAAGUGAAGUAUGAGCCUCUGUGGGUCAAAGGGGGAAACCAUUGUAAUUUGGAGCUAUAUCCAGAAUACAUUAAACACCUGAAAAAGUUUGUCACAGCGAUAGAGAAAUCACCACCAGUGAAAGAUGAAUCUCUGGAGAGUUCAGGUCCCUCAGAUCCUAGUGAAACAGGAUCCGAAGGCACGGAGAGCUCAAGGAGAAGCACAGAUAUUAGGGACAAACCGAGGUCAAGCAUUGACCAUAGACCAAGCACGGAUCGACGGGAGAAACCUAGGGGCAGCAUAGACCGGAGAGAUAAAAGCAGAAAAAGUGUGGAUCAACUUGACAAACCACGGGCUAGCAUGGAUCAACCUGACAGGCCACGGAAAAGCAUUGACCGAUUUGGAGGGAUGAUGAGAUCAGUCAAAUUGUGCAAUAUUGACUGUUUCACUGCAGCUUCUGGGAGCUGAAAGUAAGGGAAGGUUAGUACCUGGUAGUCAUCUGUAUGUAUUACAUUUUGUAUACUUUUAUUCACUUGGUGUCUUUAGCGUGACUGGAAAAGGCAUAUUGGUUUGAAUGAGGGUUUGUAUUCUUUUUUUGUUUUCCCUGAAUUGUUUCUUGAAAGGUUUUUGGAAGCCAUUCACUUCCUAACUGAUGGUGAAAAAGUUCGAAGAAAAGCCCAAGGCCAUGGGGGGCACUCCUUUUGCGUAACUGUAAAUAUUUUGUACUAUUGCACUUUUUAUUUCUGUUAAACAGAAACGGCGUUCAUAGAACUUUAUCGAACUUCAAUUGGGAGUUUUGUUUUCCCUGCGUGGUCAAUUACACUAUCCUGACCUGAAAGAGCGUGGUUUUCUGUUACUGCUUUGCAUCAUGUACUACCGUACCAUGGUAAGCAAGCUGCGCAGGGAUCACGCUGACAUGUAUGAUGUAGUGAAGACUUGGAAAACUGACCAUGAAUGAAAGAUUACCUUCCACCUUUA